CUCUCUCUCUCUCUGACACGUUCACUCGGCCGCCUGCAGUUAGCAGAAGCAGAAGCAGAAGUCUGCCUGUGAGCUCGGACACGAGACGACGACCACAACGACGACGGUGAGCAUCGGACCGCCCGGAAGAACCCUCAGACCCAAGACUGACCCGACCCCAGCACGUGGAGAGAGAGAGAGCGAGAGAGAGAGAGAGAUUUAGGACAGAGGGAGAGAGUGAAAUAACUAGAAAGAGAGAGAGAGAGAAGAAGAGAGAAGCGUAGAGAUGGCCAUGUCCGAUCUGACGGAGGAUGACCUGGAGGAAUGUCUUCUGGAAGAGGCGGAGGAUGUUUUCUACGAUGGAGUGUCGUCCCGUUUCCCGGAGAUCAUGGCUGCGGGGACACACUCGCCCGGAGGCCCUAACGGCAUCAUCCGCAGCCAAUCAUUCGCCGGCUUCAGCACCCUGCAGGAGAGACGCUCGCGGUGUAACUCGUUCAUGGGGAACUCCGUGGUCCAGAGGAAGGCCCAGUCCAAAGCCAAGAGGCCCCAUCUGUCCAAGUCCAGCAGUGGCAGCAGCUCCAGAGAACCACAACCCAAACGCCUGGAGGAGGUGUACUGCACACUCAAACAGGGCCUAGAUGAGUACUUGGAGGUGCACCAGUCAGAGCUGGACAAGCUCACCUCCCUCAUGAAGGACAUGAAGAGGAACUCCAGACUGGGGGUGCUGUAUGAUCUCGACAAGCAAAUCAAAACUAUUGAGCGGUACAUGCGCCGCCUGGAGUUCCACAUUAGCAAGGUGGAUGAGUUGUUUGAGGGGUUCUGCAUCCAGCGGCGUCUGCGUGACGGAGCCAGUAAGAUGAAGCAGGCCUUUAGCUCCUCCCCCUCCAGCAAGAGCACCCGGGAGAGCCUCACCGAGGUCAACCGCAGAUACAAAGAGUACACAGAGAACAUGUGCACGUUUGAGGGGGAACUAGAGAACCUACUGGGAGAGUUUCACAUCAAGAUGAGAGGUCUGGCCGGCUUUGCCCGUCUGUGUCCAGGGGAUCAGUAUGAGAUCUUCAUGCGGUACGGUCGGCAGCGGUGGAAGCUGAAGGGGCGCAUCGAGGCCAACUCUCGUCAGAGCUGGGAUGGCGAGGAGAUGAUCUUCAUGCCCCUCAUCACCGACCUCAUCUCUAUCAAGGUGACGGAGCUGAAGGGCCUGGCGACCCAUGUUCUGGUGGGCAGUGUGAUCUGCGAGACCAAGGACCUCUUCACCGCCAUGCCCCAGGUGGUGGCCGUGGACGUCAAUGACCUGGGCACUAUCAAGCUCAACCUGGAGGUCACCUGGUACCCGUUCGACGUGGAGGACCUGACGCUGUCCACAGGGAACGUCAACAAGGCUACGGCUCUGCAGAGACGCAUGUCCGUCUACAGCCAGGGCACCCCAGAGACGCCCACCUUCCAGGACACCUCCUUCUUCUCCACGCUGCCAGAUGACGUCUUUGAAAAUGGUGGCUGUGGAGGCGAGUGCAAGCGCCUGUCCUUCACCUUCACGGACACGCCCAUCUCUAGCCCCGACCCCAACCCCAGCCAAUCAAACCCCGAGAUCACGGUCACGCCCCCUGAGACAGACGCCCCCCCUCCCCUCCCUCUGGAGGAGGAGGAAGAAGAGGAGGAGGAGGUGGAGGAGGAGGUGGGAGGAGGAGGAGGAGGAGGUGGAGGAGGAGGUGGGGAGCAGCGAGGUGAAUCGUCGAGCGUGAGUGUGAGUGUGAGCGUGAGCGCCAGCGAGGUGGACUGGGAGUGGGAACACGGCACGGGCAGCAGCUGUGGUCACCAGCGUUCCGCUGCCCCCUCCCUCUGCUCCGACUCCCAGCUGUCCGCUGUCGGCCCCGAGGACGUGCUCUUCCUGGACCCAGGCGUCCCCGACAUUCCCGGCGUUCCGGACGAGGCGUCGGAGGAGCUGAAGCCGGUGGAGCUGGACGCUGAGGGGGGCAGCCUGACACGGCAGCUGGUGAGGAGACUCACGUCGUCAGACGUUCUGCCCGAGGCCGAGGCGGCGCCCGUGGGAACCCAGAGCUGGACAGGAGAGGGAGAGGGAGCGGGCGGCGUGGGGCAGGGGCUGGCGUCGGAGGGGGCAGAGGCCCAGAGCUGGGCAGGGGAGGGCAGCAGAGCGUUCCUGGAGAGCAGUCUGGACGAGGCCAUCCAGAGCCUGCUGCUGCGCCUUGAGGACAUCCCCCAGCGCUGCCGAGAACUGCAGGACCUGGAACAGGAAGUGAUGCGGCUGGAGGACCUGCUCAAGUGUCGCCUGCCUGCCCAGCGUAGCCGCUCGUCCAGUCUUAGUCUGACGGUGGAGAGUGCGCUGGAGAGCUUUGACUUCCUCAACACCUCCGACUUCGACGACGACGACACGGGGGAUGACCCCAGCACCCUGCCGCGCACCGCCCUCUACCACAUGGAGGCCGACAGGAUCGGGCGUGGGCAGCACCCCGAGGCUCGUGGGCACCUGAGCGAAGCCCUGACGGAGGACACGGGUGUGGGCAACAGUGUGGCCGGCAGCCCCCUGCCCCUGACCACCGGCAACGAGAACCUGGACGUGGCCAUCGUCAUCCACCUGCAGUAUUGCAACCACCUGGUGCAGCUCCUGUCUGGCGGUGGGUGUGUGAGUGUGUGUCAGCGGAAGUCUCACCUACGGAAGCUCUCCGCUCAGACUCACCUGCUGGAGGACCUUAGUGACCUCAGCACCGAGCGACUGGCCAACGUCAGCACAGCAGUGGACGUGUUGCCAGGCCUGGCGGAUAAGCCCGCUCUGCUGUCCCUGUGGUCGGAGUGUAGUGGGGGUUGUGGGGGUCUGUUCCACACCACACUGGACCGAGUGCUUACACACCUCCACCGCUGCCUCACACACACCCUGCCGGACACACUACCCCUCAGCCCAGACACCGUGAUCCGGCUGGUGGUGAGUGAGAUGGUGGACCGCAGUGAGCUGGCGUCUCCAGCGGCCGGUUCUGCGUCUGCUCUGGCCCAGGACGUUCUCACGGUGUUCCAGUUCCACCGCUACGCCACAGAGAACCGAGUGGGCAACAUGCAGGAACACCUGCAGCAGCUGGCCGCAGAAGUGGUGUUAGCAGAGACUCUGAGCUCAGGGGACAGCGAGAGGUCACUGCAGGAGCUGGAGAAGGUGUGUGUGUCCUCGCUGCGUCCCCGUGUGUCCACCCUGGCCGCUGUCGCUGCACUCCUGACCUCAGAGGACACACACCUCAGCAAGGCCGCCAUGUCCUUCCUCACCUCCGCCGCCGCACACACACUCUUCAGGUCAAAGGCUGUAGAGUGGUACACACAGGCGCUCUCUGAGGUCGGAGUUCACACACAGAGAGCAGCUUGUGCUGCCCUCAGCUGUCUACAGGCGACGGAGAGCAUCGGUGCCAUGGUGACCCUGUGCCACUCCGCCGAUGAAGAGCUCCGCCACCUCGCCAUCGAAACGCUUCUGACCUUUGGUGAGGAGGGGCGCCUGGCGUAUGAGCAGCUGGACAUGGUGUCCAGGGAGAUGGUCCGACUGGGCACGCGCCGAAGCACCGCCGUCACCACAGCCUUCUGAGGUCGCCAUGGGAAACGGCCGCCGUGGAAACCACCACUAUGGGGGCGGGCAUCAUGAAAUCUGCCCCCUCAUCCAAUACUCCUCAGCCUUGAGCAUGAAUCAACACACACACACACACUUAAACAUACAGACACUCACCCACACAAGUAUGCACACAUUCUGUCUUGCUUACACAAACACACACACACACACACACACACACACACACACACACACACAUUCAGAUACAUACACAUAUGUGCUCUCUCACAAACACAAAACAUACACACAUGCAACCCAAGGGCCCAAGAAGAGGUUCUAUUGAGGGCCCGAGAAGAGGUUCCUCCUCUGGAGUUCUAGACUGUUUGGAUCAGAACCUCUGUGUCUAGAACACAAUGAAGCCAUCUUACUUCUGUGCAAUUAACAUGAUUAUUACGCGUUAAUCAUUGGCGUCCAUGAUAUUCACAUUAGCGUUAAUAAUAGCCAUAAUCAUGUAAUAGCUACAUUGGUGUAUAUUCCUCCAGUUCCUCUUAUAGUUCUUGUUUAGUUCUUGUUUAGUUCCUGUUUUGGUUUUGUGCGUUGAAGUUGCACUGCAGCAGGCUUGUACAUAUGCCCCCCCCCCCCCCCCCCCCCCCCCCCCCCCCGCUCUGCUUCAGGGAUGUGCAGGGGCAGCCAGGCUGUGUGUGGGUGUGUGUGUGUGUGGGGGAGGCUCUGCUUCAGGGAUGUGCAGGGGCAGCCAGGCUGUGUGUGGGUGUGUGUGUGUGUGGGGGAGGCUCUGCUUCAGGGAUGUGCAGGGGCAGCCAGGCUGUGUGUGGGUGUGUGUGUGUGUGGGGGAGGCUCUGCUUCAGGGAUGUGCAGGGGCAGCCAGGCUGUGUGUGGGUGUGUGUGUGUGUGGGGGAGGCUCUGCUUCAGGGAUGUGCAGGGGCAGCCAGGCUGUGUGUGUGUGUGUGUGUAUGUGUAUGUGUGUGUGUGUGUGUGUGCGUGUGUGUGUGUGUGUGUAUGUGUGUGGCAGGGAUGUGCAGGGGCAGCCAGGCUGUGUGUGGAGGGCUCCAGGCACCCCGUCAUGUGAUGGUGUAAUGAGGGGGGUGUAGUGAGGAGAGGGGGGGCUGACCAUUUGUUCCUCUCACACACACCCUCCGCUAGGUCAUGACCUCAGUCAGGGAUUGGGUGACCUUUGUGUGACCUCCUGGUGGGGAGUGUGUGUGUGUGUGUGUGUGUGUGGGUUCGGGUCCAGAGGUGGUGAGCUUUGAGGAGAAGCACAGCCCAUCAGGGAGACAGGACGCGGACACCCACUAUCAGAUUAAUGGUACCAACCCAGGAGCAGGAAGAGUGGACCUUUGGGUUGGGUUCUGUGUGAGUGGACCUUUGGGCUGGGUUCUGUGUGAGUGGAUCUUUGGGCUGGGUUCUGUGUGAGUGGAUCUUGGGCUGGGUUCUGUGUGAGAGGAUCUUUGGGCUGGGUUCUGAAGAGUGGAUCUUUUAGGUUGGGUUCGGCUUGUGUGUUAGCGAUCUUACUGUGAAUGCGGCCCCUGAGACGGGUUCUAAGCGGCCCCUGAGACUGGGGUUCUAAGCGGCCCCUGAGACUGUGGUUCUAAGCAGCUUCAAGCGCUACGUCUCUUUACUACUGAGUAGAGGGUGAACCAGGACGAGCUUCUGUUUUUUAGUAUUCUUUUUUCAGCUUGGUUCUCCUCUUGUAUGUAUUUAUUUUGUAAACAAAUGCAGUUGUUUUAAACAGUGCAAUGCUAAUAUCUUUCUGUAAUUUGUAUUAAUUCUUGUUUUUGAUGAUGAGCACAGAUUCUGUUGUUAAUGUGUUUUUGGGUUUGACGUUCAGCCCAUAUCUGACCGCGGGAUCUGGGACAGACAUGAGUCUGAUCUAGCUCACAUCUGGCUCUGAUCUGGCUCACGGCUGGCUCUGAUCUGGCUGUCAUGUGGGGAAUGGUGAGAAGCCUUUCAGUCGUAGGGAACACAUAUCAGUGGUCUUGAGACUGCAGCAUAUUCAACCUGAUUCUGUUUGAUCAA